AUGCCAAAGUCUUUGAAAAAGUCCUGCCCUGCACAGACCUCUAUUAGCAGGUACUUCGGUACCGGAGCUCAGUCUGGGAUUAAACAAAAUCCUGCUGAACACCUGCUGUCCAGAAGAGGCAAGCUAAAACUGUCCUGUGAAGAUGUUGAAAUGCCAACAAAACGAGCGAAGCUGUAUCUGAAAGACAAGCAGGUGAAGGGUCAGGAGCCUGAAGAGACAACACCAGCAUCGAGCGGAGGACAAGGACAAGUCCUGAGCUCCUCCACGUUGGAAAAGCUAAAAGGCUUCACCUGUGGGACUGAGCCCACCUUCAGACACAGGGACAUUCAGGAAGAAACCACCUGCAGUAAAAUCUGUGACCGGACAGGGGACGUUUUAUCUCCAUUUGGGAUUUCACAUCAGCGUGGAAUUACAAACAGAGCUCAACCAUUGGAGGAGGAAGAUGAGGAUGAUGAGCAGGACUUCAGAGAUCAGGAGGAUUCAGGGCUCGCUGCCUCAAAACAGGGAUUCUCUUUGUCAAAGUUUGCAAAAAAAGGAGGAGGAGGAAGAGGAGGGGGAAAGGGUGCAGAGCCAGGUCUUCUGUCAGAGUCCGACACCCCAUCCAGACGUUCAAAGAGUGCACACACCCCCCUGGAACAGCAGGUCAUCCAGCUGAAACAGCAGCAUAAGGAUGCUUUGUUGGCAGUGGAGUGCGGCUACAAGUACAGGUUCUUUGGGGAGGAUGCCGAGAUUGCUGCAAAAGAGCUGAAUAUAACCUGCAACCUUGAUCAUAGCUUCAUGACGUGCAGCAUCCCCACACAUCGCCUGUUUGUUCACGUCAGGCGGCUGGUGACUCACGGGCACAAGGUUGGUGUGGUGAAGCAGACCGAGACGUCUGCCAUCAAGGCUUCAGGGACGAACAGGAACACUCUGUUCACUCGUCAGCUCAGUGCCUUGUACACCAAAUCCACCCUGGUGGGAGAAGAUGUAAACUCGGUUGUUCGACUUAAGGACGUGGAAGAGGGAGGCUGUGCUGAUGUCCUGCUGGACCCUCCUGAAAGCUUCCUGCUGUGCAUCAGUGAGAACUGGGACAAGCUGAAGAAGCAGCUCACUGUGGGGCUGGUGGCGGUUCAGCCCAGCACUGGAGACGUGUUUCUGGACUGCUUCCCUGAUGGUCCUUCUCGCUCUGAGCUGGAGAGCCGUGUCCUAAAGAUCAACCCUGUGGAGAUUCUGGUGCCCUCUGACCUCUCAGAGCAAACCCAGAAACUUCUGCACAGCAUCUGUAAUGCCAGCGCUCAGGCUGACGACCGAGUUAGAGUUGAGAAGAGGGACAGCGCUCGGUUUGAGUUCACCUCCGCAAUGGACACAGUCGUCAAAUUCUACGGCCACACCCAAGAUAAAGACUCACACUCUCUGUCGUGCGUAGCAUCCUUUGAGAGCCCGGUGAUCUGCUGUCUGGGGCCCCUCAUUCAGUACCUCCAAGAAUUCAGUUUAGAAAGAGUUCUUAGAAACGAAAGCUUGUUCCGGCAGCUGUCCUGUGAAUCUGAGGGAAUGACCCUCAGUGCUGCAACUCUCCGGAACCUGGAAAUACUCUCCAAUCAGACUGAUGGAAGUGUGAAGGGGAGUCUGCUGUGGGUGUUGGACCACGCUCGCACGCCAUUUGGAAGGAGACUGAUGAGGAAGUGGGUCAGCCGACCCCUCACAGACCUGCAGUCUAUCUGCGAGAGGCAGGAUGCUGUGCAGGAAAUCAUGAAGUCAGACUCGUCAACGUUAAGCUCCAUAAGAACUCUACUGUUACACCUGCCCGACCUGGAGAGAGGCAUCUGCAGCAUAUAUCACAAGAAGUCCUCCACACAGGAGUUUUAUCUUGUUAGUAGCAGUCUUUCUCGCCUGGGGCUGGAACUACAGAGUCUUCUCCCAGCCAUCCGCUCACAGAUCAGUUCGGCGCUGCUUUGUAGCCUCCUACUGGAGACUCCUGACCUGCUGGCUCCGGCUCACGGCUUCCUCAAGGUGCUCAACGAGAAGGCAGCCAAGUUGGGGAAUAAGACAGAGCUCUUCUCAGACCUGUCCGGCUUCCCGGUGCUGAAGGAAAGAACGAGGCAGAUCCAGACCGUCCUCGGUGAGAUUCAAGAGCACCGCAAAGACAUCCGACUGGUGCUGAAGGCUCCUGCGUUCGACUACACAACCGUUUCUGGACAGGAGUUUCUGAUUGAGGUGAAGAACUCAAUGUCGUCAGCCGUUCCACCUGAAUGGGUCAAAAUCAGCAGUACGAAGACAGUCAGCAGGUUUCACUCUCCUUUCCUGGUUGACUGCUACAAGAAGCUGCAGCAGCUCCGAGAGCAGCUGCUACUCGACUGCCAGAGGGAGUGGACCAAUUUUCUGGAUCAGUUUGGGGAGCACUACCACACCAUGAAAAUGGCUAUUAGUCACCUAGCAACCAUGGACUGCCUCUUUUCAUUGGCUGAGGUGGCUAAACAUGGGGACUAUUGCAGGCCAAAGGUGUGUGAAAAUAAGCACCAGAUUAUGAUAACUGAUGGCAGACAUCCUGCGAUAGAUUUAUUGAUGGGAGAGCACAAUCAGUAUGUGCCCAACCACACUAAAUUACAGAGCGAAGGCAGGAGAACUAUGAUAAUCACUGGGCCAAAUAUGGGGGGCAAGAGCUCCUACAUCCGCCAGGUUGCCCUUAUAUGUAUUAUGGCUCAGGUGGGCUCGUAUGUCCCGGCCUCUGAGGCCUGUGUGGGCAUACUGGAUGGCAUUUACACCAGGAUGGGUGCUUCAGACAACAUCUACAAAGGGCGCAGCACGUUCAUGGAAGAGCUGACGGAGGCCUCAGAGAUAAUUUUCCAUGCGACAGAACGCUCACUGGUCAUCCUAGAUGAACUGGGACGAGGGACGAGCACCCACGAUGGGAUUGCCAUCGCCUAUGCCACGCUGGAGUACCUCAUCAAAGACGUGAAGGCCCUUACCUUGUUUGUGACCCAUUAUCCUCCUCUGUGUGAGUUGGAGCAGCUGUACCCUGAGCAUGUAUCCAACUACCACAUGGCUUUCUUACUUAAUGAGCCCGACGUCUCUACUGACAUUGAUGAUGCAGAUGUUCAGCCAGAAUUCAUCACCUUCCUCUACCUGUUGACUGAAGGAGCUGCAGGACGAAGCUACGGCCUCAAUGUUGCCCGGCUGGCUGACAUCCCCGAUUCCGUACUGCACACUGCCGCUCGCAAAGCCCGAGAGAUGGAAAGCAUGGCCAAUGCCAGGAGGAAGCGUAAGAAACUUCUCUCCGAUCUGUGGCGUAUUUCUGACAAAUCAUCCCUCGUGAAGUGGCUGCAGUCAAGCUCUUGACGUCUCUGCGACAGCAACCAUUAUCGUCAGAACACACAAAGACAGAAACCCUGUCAGCGGCGUCUGACAGGCUCAGAGGAGAAUUUACAUGCCCACACUGAAUUUUCACUGAUGAUGAAUGAUAAUGAUGUUUUGCUAAAUUGUCAACAUGCAAGAAAGCUUUUAUGCAUCUCAGGUUCUGCUUGUUGCCAUCGUAUGUACUGUAACCUCACUGUCAAAACUCUAUUUUAUUGUACCCCAAACGUUUGCUUUCAAAAGCUUUUCCAGCCAAAGAAUAAAGAAGACUAAAACA